GGCUCUGCUCCCUCGGGUCAGUCGCCGUUGGGAUGCUGCCGAUGGCGGCUGUCGCUCAGGUGCGGAUGUGUUCCCGGAUUUCCCUCGUGUGUCUGCUGCUCGGCUCCUGGGCUCUGUUGAGCCUGUGUUCAGGAGCACCUGCUUCGGGUUCGGAAAGUGAGGCGAAUAAGUCCGAGAGCUCGAGAAGUGUUUCCCGCAACAAGAGCGUCAAGGCCUUCCCAGUGGUGACUGUCGACUUCGCUCAUGUCAGGUCCCCGUUCGUUGUGGCGCUCUGGAUCCUGUUGGCCUCCGUCCUCAAACUAGGUUUUCACUUCCUCCCAAAGGUUUCAUCGAUAGUACCAGAGAGCUGCGUGCUGGUGUGUGUGGGUCUGAUAGUGGGUGGUCUCCUGAAGGCCGUUGGAGAAACCCCACCCAUUUUGAAAGCGGAUGUAUUCUUUUUUUAUCUCCUUCCACCCAUCAUUCUGGAUGCCGGCUAUUUCUUACCCACCCGACCUUUCAGUGAGAACCUGGGAACUAUCCUAAGCUUUGCCGUGCUUGGGACUCUAUGGAAUGCUGCCUUUGUUGGGUUACUACUGUUCGCGGUGUGCCAGAUCCAGGGCUCUGGACUGCAACACAUCACCUUACUGCCUAAUCUACUGUUUGGCAGCAUCAUCUCUGCUGUGGAUCCUGUGGCUGUGCUAGCUGUAUUUGAAGAGAUUCACAUCAAUGAAUUGUUGCACAUCCUGGUAUUCGGAGAGUCUCUGCUCAAUGAUGCAGUUACUGUGGUGCUCUAUCACCUCCUUGAGGAAUAUGCCAGUGAUCCAGAAAUUGGCGCCAAGGAGAUUAUCCUAGGAAUCCUGUCCUUCUUCGUGGUGGCUCUCGGAGGCAUCUUUGUUGGAAUUUUCUAUGGGCUUAUCGCUGCCUUCACCUCUCGUUUUACAUCACGUAUACGUGUUAUCGAGCCUCUCUUCGUUUUCCUCUACAGCUACAUGGCGUAUUUAUGUUCGGAGAUCUUCCAUCUGUCAGGAAUCAUGGCGCUCAUUUCCUGUGGAGUGAUCAUGCGUCCUUAUGUGGAGGCAAACAUCUCUCAUAAGUCUCAUACCACUAUUAAGUAUUUCCUAAAGAUGUGGAGCAGCGUGAGUGAAACACUCAUCUUUAUCUUCUUGGGUGUUUCAACGCUUGCUGGUCAGCAUCAGUGGGAUUGGAUCUUCAUAAGCUGCACAGUGAUGUUCUGCUUGAUUGGUCGAGUCCUAGGUGUCCUGGGUCUCACUUUAAUACUUAACAGAUUUCGCAUUGUGAAACUCACCCCCAAGGACCAGUUUAUAAUUUCUUAUGGGGGACUGCGAGGAGCAAUCGCCUUCUCACUUGGAUAUCUGCUGCGUGACUCUUUCCCUCGAACUUUGUUCCUCACUGCCAUUAUCACAGUUAUAUUCUUCACUGUCUUUGUUCAGGGAAUGACUAUUCGACCAUUGGUGGAAUUGCUCGCUGUGAAGAAGAAGCAAGAUUCCAAACGUUCCAUCAACGAGGAAAUCCACACACAGUUCCUGGAUCAUUUACUGACUGGUAUCGAAGAUGUAUGUGGACACUAUGGACAUCAUCACUGGAAAGACAAGCUGAACCGGUUUAAUAAAAAAUACAUUAAGAAAUGUUUAAUUAGUGGGGAAAGAUCGAAAGAGCCUCAGCUCAUUGCAUUUUACCACAAAAUGGAAAUGAAAAAUGCGAUCGAGAUGGUUGUAAGCGGUGGCCUACCCAAGCUUCCAUCAUCAGUGUCUAUACAGCAUGUCCAGAGGAAGGAUACACUUACGGAACGCCUACUGCCUACGCUUACAAAAGAGAGAGAAGAGGAAGUCCGAAAAAUACUUCGUGAGAAUCUCCAGAAAACAAGACAACGGCUUCGAUCCUACAAUAGACAUACACUGAUUGCCGAUCCAUAUGAGGACCAGUGGAAUCAAAUAUUACUAAAACGGCAAAGGUUGCGCAGUUUGGAUCCACGGGGUUCUACUUACCUGACUGUUCCAACUGGUGGCCGUGGCUCCCCACCUGAGCAAAAACCAGCUGAGUCAGAUGCCACAUACUUCGAGCCCAGGGAUCCUACAAGUGACCUGCCUUCCAUCACCAUUGACCUGGCUUCUCCAUUCUCCAGUGAAUCUGUUGAGAUUCAGAACAAGGGUGCAGUACCUGGAGAGGACAAAGGAAUUGUAUUCUCUGCAAAAAAUCCUCCUAAUGAUGAAAAUGGUUCACCCAAUCAGCGUAUGCAACGCUUUGUGAGUGACCCUGGACCAGAUAACAAGCCUAAUGACCAUUUCCAAUCAUAAAGUCACAUGAGAUAGAGGAAGCUGCAAAUUUUCAGCUUCUGCCAACAUCAUUCAUGGCCCCGAACUCUGUCCACAACCUGUUUCUCGAAGUGUGUUUCUGGGGAUAAGACCACUUUCCCCUUGAUUCUUGCUGUUGGGGUCUGAUGUCUCACAGAAUAGUAUUAGUACUGAGCUACAGUGAGGUACACAGAGGAAAAACCAAUUACAGUGAGACAUCUGAAAUUUUGUUGAUAUUAAGAUUUUUAAAAAUUUCAUUCGCAAAAGCACAAUAGAUAUUAGCACUGCUGUGUGUCGUGGCUCCACUGCCUGGGCGACACUGAUGACAGUAUCUCUGUCUGGGAUCUAGUGUUUGCGAAGUACUGGGUCCAGAUGUAGUUACCUGUUUUAUAUAUAAUGCCAUCAGGUCCUGCAGCUUGAGAGAAUACAAAACUACAGCACUUGGAGAAACAGGCUCUGAUUAAGAAGUUAGGGGCAGCUUAUUCAUUCAAUACUUGACUCAAAACCAAAGAUGAACUUUAUUUUUCUAGCUGUUAUCAGGGGCUAUUUUACAUCAGGUUGUAAUUAAGUGACUCAGUUUGUGUUAUAUUUCCAAACGUAAUCAAAAGAAAAUCAUUGCUGUAUGUUCAGAGACCCUGUACAAUACAAAAACUGUCUAACUGAUGACAGCAUUUCAAACUUGCAGACUGCACUAAAAUUCAGAAUAGCAAUGCGGACUUAGCACAGCGGCUCCCCCAGCAAAAAGCCAUUCCAGCUGAGCCUCAGGUCAGCCAGCUCUCCCUGGCAAGCCCCAGACCAAACACCGCUCCCAGCCAAACUGUGGAGCCAUAAUUUCAAAUAUUGAAAUUAAAGAGGCACAGAGAAGAGAUGGAGAGCUGCUGGGCUUUGUGGUGGUGAGCAAGAAACAAGACUGUGUUGUGAAUGGGGGACGAUGGUGCUGAGUCAGUAACUGAGAAAGGGGCUUAUAUUUUGUAAAUUAUACUAAAUGAGCUUGAAACACAGCAGCACUAACACCAGUACAUUGCACUUGUACAUGGUUUGAGGGUGGGACUCAUUUAACCUCAGUGUAUGAACUUUUUGUUACCUUGCUUUACUGCUGUUAACCUGGAACAGGCUAUCAGUGGAAACCGGCAGCUAGUCAGAGGAGCAAGGUCACAAAGAUAAUGGGUGUGUGCUGGUAUUGUCAAACAAUUUGAUAUUUUAACUAAUUGCCUUUAAGAAAAUUAACUAAAUAAUUCAUUUUUGCACUUUGUUUCAAAUAACUUGCUUACGUAAAGCACAGCACUCUAAAGAAAACCUGAUUGAAUGUCUUUACGUGCUUCAUGCUGUUUGGAGUAUGUUGUGAGUUGCUGCAAAGCUGAGAUAUUAAUAUUUUUAUGUUUUGCAGAUUAUUUAAUAUAUGUUGGAAAGGGUUAGGGGUAUUUGAUUUGUUCUCUUUAUUACAGUGUCCAUGAGUAUCGACAUUGCACUGCUCCCACAUCACACCUGAGAAUGCAGCUGAACUCCAGGGUAUGCUCAGUUUGUUCAUGACGAAUGUAGGCGGUUAGCAGAACAUUAUGCCAUAAUUCAAUGCCAUAUGCCACUAUGCCAUAGUUCAAUUCCUCCUAAUUUGGAUCAAGCUCUAAAUGAAGAGGCAGGGCAGAGUGAAAUCAUAGUUGCUGCAACAACCUAUUGAUCUUGAAUGAAUUGUGGGCUGAAAGGUUAGGAGCCUAUCAGCUGCAUCCCACCAGCUGCCUUCUCAAAUGUGAUUCAACAACUUCAGCCAACUAAAGAUAAUCAAAUAUCAGUGACAUGCUGAAAUGUAAUCAUCUGGAAAAAGUGUCCUUUUGUUCAUCCACUUGUUUGCAGUAUUUCUCUUUAUCUCUCUCUCUUCUCCCCCACCCCCUCUGUUCUCCUCUUUCUCUCUCUCUCUGUCCUCCUCUCCCUCCCUCUCUCUCUCUCUCGAGUAUCUCACAUUCCUGACUCAUUCAGUACAGAUGGCACUCUUUACCAAGCCAUUGGUUUCCUUAUUUUUAAUAACGUGUACAUAACUGAGAUACUACCGAGUAUUAAUAA